AUUCUCUGCAUCUAUAAAUUGACACCCAUUUCUAUUUAUACCUGCACACACCCAUAUAAUCACAAAAUAAAAAAAUCCCGCAUAGAUUUGCUGGAUUCAACACCAUCCUCUCCCACCCUCUCUAUAAAACUUGAUUAGUUGCAGAGAGGUGGGAGAUUACAUUUCAUCAUUCUCCAGGUGUACCACGGCAAAUUUGACACCAUUGUUGGAUUCUAAAGUGAUCAAAAUGGGUGCUUGCUCAUCCAGGCCGUAUUCAAAACGGAUUGCUUCGUUACCACCUUCAGAUAUUAAAUCAAGGAAAAGGCACCAUCGUCGACACAAAAGAGUUGGCAAGAAAUUCUAUAAACAUGUCCUUUAUGGACCGAAGAAAAGGUCAAAAAGUGUUGGCAGUGUAGAUGAUUUUGCGGUCAGUGAGUUUGUUCAGACCACCACCACCCACAUAAUCUGCCAAGAGGAAUCAUGGUAUGAUACACUUAGCAUCUUGGAGUCCGAAUCAGAUGAUGAGUUUAAUAGUGUUUACGGAGACUUUAUAGUUGAUCGGUUGAGCAAUUUCAAAGAUUACCAUGACAAGAUAUUAAAGAUAGAUGGUGGUAGAAUGGAUAUGUGUCUCAACAGUGGGCCUAAGGAGACAAAUGAAGUCCAAGAAAAUGUCAAGAGGAAAUCAACAGUUAUAAGGCUUUCCUUCAAGAGGAAAUCUGUUGAUGGUGAUGAAACUAAUGAAUUUUGUGCAUCAAAAAAAUUCUUAUACCGCCCCAGAGCAGGUCUCCAGAUUCCAUGUUGUAAAACUGAUAUGUCAACUCCAGGAUGUUGGUCAAAGAUUGAACCGUCAACCUUUAAACUCCGGGGGGAUAACUAUUUUAAAGAUAAGAAGAAAAUCCCUGCACCAAAUCAUACUCCUUAUAUACCAACUGGGGUCGAUCUAUUUGUUUGCCCAAAGAAAGUCAAUCACAUUGCGCAAUACCUUGAACUUCCUUCUGUUAAAAAGGACGGAGAACUGCCUCCACUUCUCAUUGUAAAUAUUCAGUUGCCUACUUAUCCCACUGCAAUGUUCAAUGGAGACAGCAAUGGAGAAGGACUGAGCCUUGUAUUAUACUUCAAACUUUCAGAGACUUUCGAGAAAGAUACCUCAGCUCAGUUUCAGGAGACCAUUAAGAGAUUAGUUGAGGAUGAUAUGGAAAUAGUUAAAGGGUUUGCAAAGGAGAGCACAGUUCCUUUCAGAGAAAGGCUUAAGAUUAUGGUUGGUGUGGUUAAUCCAGAUGAUCUUGUAUCCAGUUCAACUGAAAGAAAGCUUCUAAAUGCUUACAAUGAAAAGCCGGUCCUCUCACGCCCACAACACAACUUUUAUCAGGGAUCCAACUACUUCGAGAUUGACCUUGAUAUUCAUCGGUUCAGCUAUAUAGCUAGGAAGGGACUCGAAGCAUUCCGGGAACGCUUGGCAUGUGGUAUCCUAGAUCUUGGCCUAACGAUUCAGGCUCAAAAACCAGAAGAACUGCCAGAGAACGUGCUUUGCUGCCUUAGACUUAACAAGAUCGACUUCAUUGAUCGUGGCCAAAUACCCACAAUAGUUACGAGUUGAUAAGUAAGCUUGAGCUGUGGUAUGACCUGUUUGGUAUUACUAACUUUCGACAGUCUGUGAGGCAGGAUCCAGAGGUCUGUGUGUACAAAUUUUUUUCAGAUGAAAGGAAGAGAACAAUUUACCAUUUGAAACAGAACAAUCUAAGAAAAUUAAAAUCAUUUUAAAUCAAGAAUUAUGAACUUGACAACCAAAUCCUCUUAUUAAUAUCAUACCGGUAUAUGUAAAUUACUGUAGUGUGUCUUCAAAGCUGUGAUUUGUUCAAUCACAGAUGGUUUAUCAGUACCAAUUUAUGUAAACCAAUAUCCACAAUUUUGGUCAAUGCAAACUAGCUUUCUUCCUUCUUAA